AACUGUACACUUAGUGCGAAUAUAUCAGAGGGGAAUGCAAACUUGUUAUCGUGCACCAUGUGACUUGUUGUAAGUGCCGCAGAGAAACUGAAAGUUAAACGGGCUGCUGAAUCUUGGUGCUUUAAAAGAGGAAGACAGAGCAAGAUCCUCGGUGCUAAUUUCAUUUGUAGUGUUUAAACCAAGAUCAAAUUUGUGGACAGAGAGCAAACCUCCUCGUCUGAACCAGAAUGACGACACAAGAUCAGGAUGACAAGAGCUACGACCCCAACGAUACGACGCUGACAUUUGUCAACAGGAGGGAUGAGCUGGAUCCAUUAUCCGGUGAUGACAGUCUCGUAGCAGAGAUGUCCUGCGGUCAUGCCGUCACAGCGGAAUCUCUGACCGGAUGGUGCCGCAGUCUGCUGGAUCAGGGCCAGUACAAAUUUAAGUGUCCUGCUUUAAAUGAGGACACCUACGAGAAGUGUGGUGAAGUGUGGUCAUAUCCAGAGGUGCGCAGGCUGGCAGCACUGACAGUUGAAGAGAUGGCCUACUUUGAAGAGAAGAUUGCCCAGCUGGCAGCCAGAGACUACUGUGAACUGAAAAUAUGUCCUGGUUGCAAAACCUAUGUGGAGAGAGAGGACCUGACUAACCUGAGUGUGAGGUGCACAAUCUGUACAGCAGACAACAACAAAGCGUAUGAGUUCUGCUGCCAGUGUUUGAGGCCGUGGAAAGGUAGAGCUCCACGAUCAGACCGCUGUGAUAAUGAUGGCUGCGUAAACCACGAACUCGAAGUUCUCAAGAACUGCAAGACUACUGAUCUCCCUCAGGUUCGGGGGGUCGAUGCCUGUCCCUCAAUCCGGGCCUGUCCCACCUGUGGUGAGAUAGUGGAGCACGACAAAACAGGCUGCAAGAACAUCAUCUGUCCUCGCUGUCAGAAAGAGUUCUGCUUUGUGUGUCUGAAACUCACUCCUGUGUGUUUGAAAACCAGCACUCACUACAUGCCCUGCAGUGAUGGUGUGGCUCCCAGACAAACAUCAAUACCUGUGUGGCGCAGAAAGUAGCAGACAACACAGACUUUAUGUACUCUUCUCUCAUACCAGACUUUCCUUUAGAAUUGAAUUGUCAUUCUGGUAAAACCUAAACAGAAAGCUGGAGCAGAACCUUGUUUACUUAGUUUAGCUCAGCAUAUUACCUAGCGUUGCCCAAUGAAUCAUAAAAUAACAUACUCUGCCUAUGUACUUCUGGGAAAGGUUUCUUGACUCUACUUCCGAGUGUUUACACUGCUGUUUUGGUAAUUGGUGAACUUGACCUGGUGUAUUUUCUUCCCCUUUCUUCAGCUUGGACUAGUCUAAAAAUGUGAUAAGGACUUAAACAAAACUAUAAUAUCCACCCUUUUUACAUAAUUUGGGAAAUCUUUGAUCUUCUAACACACCCGACGCAUGCUGUUCAGAUAAAAUGUGAAGCACUGUAAUCUGAAAAUACAAGAAUGAUAUAAGUAGGUAUCUUUUACAUCACUCACCUUUAACAGGAAGCGUUUCUAACUUCUUUAUGAAUGUUUCCACAAAGUCUUGAAUUAUGCUGAUGUCCCAUUAAUUAUUUUUAUGCCUUUACUUCAGACUGGCAACCUGCCCACUGUGUGACAGCUGCAGCAGGAGCGAUUAUUUCCAAACGGUUUUAAAAGUUUUAUUUAGAGAUUUUCAAAUUCUUAAAGUGAACUUUGUUUUCAUGCAUUGUUUUAACUGAAAGCUAUUAUUGUUAAAAGCAACAUUGCUCACUGUGUUGCUUUAGUUGUGCUUGUGUUUAUAAGUACCUGAGCAGAAAUAAGUCAAAUGUCAGCUGCUGAUGAAGUCCAUGUUUCAAACAGUUCAUAUAAAGGGCACACAAAAGCCAGAGAAUGUACAAUAAAGUCACAAUUGUGAUUUUUUUUUUAAUGGUCUCAUAUUUUACCCUCUGCUUUCAUUAUUAUUAUUAAUGUAAAAAAUUUGAAGGCAGACCAUUUAGCUAUUCAACAAAAACAAUUUGGUUUCAUGUCUUUGUUUAAUUUGCAAAGUAAAGAAGCUGAAAGAA